CCCAUCCUCCGCGCUGCGCCGCUCCACAGCCCCGCGGCACCAACGGGGCAGUCCAGCUACACCACCGCCUCACUCGGACCGACCUGGAAUGUAUUUCUGCUGGAAACAUAAUUAAGCUGGAGUCCGCCAGUCUCCUUUUAUUUUUUUUCACCGUGUCGCGGUUUCCUGGGGAAUCAGAACCAGGACCAGCCAGGGAGGGUGGUAGCAGCCAGGCCGUACGCAGUAAGAGGCGUGCUACUAGGGGUAACGGAGGCAACUGAGGUUUAGAGGACAAUCCACAUAUGAGUACAUAUGAGUAGCCCCUGAUGAGACAUCCCCUGCUCUUUUCCAGUGUCCAAGACUUAGAUGGCUCCACGGUGCCACCGCAGAACCAUUUGCAGCUGGACCCAGACCUAUUUCUGAGCUGAUGUCAACCAAGCCAAAGCCCAAAGCAAGCCAGGCAACCUGACCACACUCCAGCUGGCCCAGCUGCCUCCAGGAACACGACUGCAUAGUGUUCUUCUCAAUUUAUAUCUGUUUAAUACAGCCAGCCAUGCAUAACAACAAGCUACAAAGAGCAGGACAGAGUUUGGCCUGCACAUGAUAAACAGAGAUAAUAUUCCAGUGAACAAUUUGUAACUGCAGGCCUGGAGUUCAGUUUUCCAUCUUUCAAAAUUACACGGCUUCAGAAUUUUGGAAUAACGUCUCCGAGCUGUUUUCUAGGUCCAUACUUUUGACUGCUGAGCUGUCAGCGAUUUUUGUAUAAAUCUAAAAGAAGAUAAGUUGAACUUUGUAGUUCAUGGUUGCCAUAUAGUUGGAUUAAAGGGAAUUCAAGACAUUGUUUCAGGUGGAUUUUCAAGACCUAUUUAGCCAGUCACCUCUUGUGAGCAUGAAUCUUCAGGAGAAGCUGUCAGGCCUGAAAGGUCUGGUCUCACACUCCCACAGCAAGCGACGCUUUAAAGCCGACCUUACAGCGGAAAUGAUCAGCCCUCCUCUGGGAGACUUCCGGCACACUAUGCACGUGGGCCGCGGUGGUGAUGUGUUCGGGGACACCUCUUUCCUCAGCAACCACGGUGGGACAGCCAACGGGAAUAGCGGGGAAACGGAUUCUGUCUCCAGUCCCGACAACAAGAUCGGAGCGUUCUUUUCCAGGACGCUCCGUCAAAUCAGAAGGGGCUCGGACAAUCGAACAAGAGAAGGAUCCAAGGAUCUGUCGCCGCCACCUCCCACCAUUUCUCCCAUCAUCAAGAAUGCCAUCUCCCUCCCCAGGCUGGAUGUAGAUAUGCCUAAUGGGAGUCCCACCACCAAAGUGCUGUUCCCCAGUUCUCCAAGUACACUAGAGGAGAAAAAAAGCUCAUAUGGCCUGGAGUCUGGUUUUGUCACUCUGCCUCGUCUCUCCCGCUCUGAGCGUCAACAGCCCUCCAUCUCCCUCCCCACUUCCUGUUCCCCCAACAUCCACCGAGGCUCUCUAACCGAUCCCACUGAUGCCAUCCUUUCCACUUGCUCCACCUCCAUCGUGGCCUCUGACCCCAAACCCACUGCCUACUCCGACUCCCUCCCCUCCCUGACGUCCCUGGACGCCUUUAACUUUGACCUCGGCCCCUCCCUCAUGAGUGAGGUGUUUGGCCUGAUUGAUGUCCAUGCCUGGGAGGGAAAGGAGCCGGAGUUGGCGUGCGAGCUUACUCAUGAGGGGUCGGAGAUGGACUCAGCUACCAUCUCAUACGUGGAUUCGCUGCUGAGGGAGGACUGUGGGGGCAGGACAAGCCCAUAUGGGGCCGACUGGCAAGAGGAGCAGAGAAGCAUGAACAGAGGUGGGCUUUCUGUCAAAGUGCCUGAUGUGGUGAUGGGGUCACCUGAGCAAGAGAGGCUGGGGAUAGCAAUGGAGAGCGAGCGGUUCCAGAGCGCUACAGAUGUGCUCGCACGCCACUAUGGUGUCAGCCUGUAUGCACAGAGCAGGAUGGAGGCUGCAGAUUCAGAGAUGAUGAUCAGCCAGCCCAAGAAGAUGUCCUACAGCUACAUGGAUGAUGAAGAUGAAAUCAAAGUCUGAGCUGAGCAAAGCAGAGAUAUUGUCUCACUAAAUUAAAACUGUCUUUAUCUAAUGUAUGAUAGCUCUGUAUUACCAAUCACCUUAAAUCUCUUAUGGUCAACGAGGCUGGCUCUGUUGACAGGGUGACAGUGAAACUACAACAUGAAUCAAGUAUACUUUAUAUUGGAUCCUUUACCUUUAUACAAUCAUGCUUCAAGGAUGUACAGCUUUGAUGCAAAUCUGCUGCUGAAUGUAUCUGAAAGGAGUGAAAGACUUAAUGCAAGUUUAGAAGCUUGGCACACAGAAAUGGAGACUGCUGUUUGGUCCAAAGAUCAUGACUUAAAAAAAAAAGACUGAAGCAAAGGAGAGAUGUGGGCAGUGAAGAGAAUGUGGUCAAGAUUGCAGGCAUCACAAAGAAAAUGCCAACAUUACUCAAAGUAUAAGUUACACAUCCUUUUAAGUCCUGGUCAAUAACCAAAACACAGACAGGAAGUGGAGAAAAACAGGCUUAAUUUCACAAUUUCUUGUCAAGUUUUUACUCAGGAAUACACUACCAAGAAAGAAAAGGGGAAGAGAAUUAAUGAGACAUUUGCAGCGUCAGCAUCAGUUUUAAAAUAAACCAGAGACAUCUGUUAUUAAACUGAUAAAAUAUGACAAGUUAAUACUAGUGUUUGCUAGAUGCAACUAAAGCCUGAACUGUAUUGUGUAAUUGUUCACUUGAUGCUGCAGACCUUCUACACAGAUACUCAGUGCACCCUCUGACUCCAACUUCUAUAUUGCUUUUUAUAAAAGAAUGAACAUUUGUGUCCUUUUACACAACUGUACACGAAGAUAUCAACUGACCCCCUAUACAUACAGUAUGUAGAGCAUGAGCACCAGCAGUACAUAAUGCAAUUCACAUCCAUAUGUUGCAGUCAACACCAAUUAUAUACUACAAUGAUAAAAAGUUAAAAUAAAGAUGUUUUUAAUUAGGUUGAAUAUCCUUUUAUUUGCAUAAAGGUUCAUGUUUAACAUCUAAGGUCAGUUUAAAGUGACAUUCCACCCAAAAUCCUGAAAACCAGUUGAAACAAAGUCUUUAUUGGAAUCUGUUGCAUCUGAUUCACUUCUACCACGGCCGCUGUCCUCUGUGAAGGACAAACUUUGGGUGAAGUAUCACUUGAAGUCAAAUUCCACUUCAGCCUCAAGGUUCACAGUAAUUUUUUCAUACUUAAUUAGCUUACAUGAAUACUACUCUUGUGUAGACUUAUCAUAAAAUCCACCCUAAAAUGUGUUUGGCAAAGUGGAUUAAUUUAUUGUGUUGUGUUUUUUAAAUACCAAAAAAAGCCUUUUUUGCACAUGUUGCAUUUGAGGAAAUAUAGGGCUUCACUAACAAAUAAAUAAAUGAUAUUGGUUAUGAAAAACACAAUUAGACCAGAAAAAGUACAUCAUGCUGCAAAACUUCAACUCAAAAUAAAUUGUGGAAGGCAUGGAAUAGCACAGUUUGACUAUACUGAACAAUACAAAUGUAUCUAAG